UCGGGCCUUGUGCGGCUGAAGACUGGCCCUGGUCAGCCCUGCAGUGGCCUGGCUACUGCAGGUGUGGCUUUGAUCUAAGUGUCAAUAUUUACAGGUCGACGUAAUAAAGCUUCAUUCAAAUCGCUGCCAUCCUGUGGGUCUUGAAUAAUAUGGCUGCUCUCAGCCAAUCAGCAACAAGCCCGCAAAGAUCAAAGGGGAGACGAGCCAACCACCUCUGCUCCAAACAGCCGUCCAGCCAUGGAGCCGCUCAUCCGACUAUAUAUUCAGAAACUCAUCCUGGGAAACAAAACAGCUUAGGUCUUUAAAUAUUUCCUCAUAAAGUCGCAGCUAUUGUCAAACCUGGAGCUGUUUGACCUAAUGGCGACUAGAGCUGGUGAGUGUCCCAGCAAGGCCGCUCAGUACCGGGUGGACCACCUCCUCAGUGCGGUGGAGAGUGAGCUGCAGGCCGGCAGCGAGAAGGGAGACCCCACCGAGAGGGACCUGAAAGUGUCCCUGGAUGAACGGGAGCUGUGGCAAAAAUUUAAGGACCUCACAAACGAGAUGAUAGUUACAAAGAACGGCAGGCGCAUGUUCCCGGUUCUGAAAGCCAACGUCUCUGGACUGGACCCAAACGCCAUGUAUUCCUUCUUGCUGGACUUUGUGUCGGCGGACAACCACAGGUGGAAGUACGUGAACGGGGAAUGGGUGCCGGGAGGUAAACCCGAGCCCCAGACCCCCAGCUGCGUGUACAUCCACCCAGACUCUCCAAACUUCGGGGCUCACUGGAUGAAGGCUCCGGUCUCCUUCAGCAAAGUCAAACUCACCAACAAGCUCAACGGCGGAGGUCAGAUUAUGUUAAAUUCUUUGCACAAAUACGAGCCACGUAUCCACAUCGUUAGGGUUGGAGGCCCACGCAGGAUGAUCACCAGCCACUCCUUCCCAGAGACGCAGUUCAUCGCAGUAACAGCAUAUCAAAAUGAAGAGAUAACAGCUCUAAAAAUAAAGUACAACCCUUUUGCCAAGGCCUUUCUAGAUGCAAAGGAAAGGAAUGAUCACAAAGACAUGAGGGAAGAAGCUAAUGAGAAUCCCCAGUCUGGUUACUCCCAGUUGGGUAGCUGGUUUAUUCACGGCACGGGAACCCUCUGCCCCCCCACCAGUCCACACAGCCAGUUUGGGAGUCCCAUCGCCCUGUCGCCCUCCCACGGCUGUGAGCGUUACUCCAGCCUGAGGAGCCACCGCUCUGCGCCCUACAGCAGCCCAUACGCCCAUCGGUCCAACUCCCCCACCGGAUAUUCAGAUAGCUCAUCAUCCUGCUUGUCGAUGCUUCCCAGUCACGAUAACUGGUCCAGUCUGCAGAUGCCGACCCACUCCAGCAUGAUGCCCAUGACCCACAACUCUACCUGUGCAGCCAACUCAAGUCAGUACACCAGCCUGUGGUCUGUGAGUAACUCCCCUCUGACUCCAGUGUCCCAGAAUGGGGGGUUAAGCAGCUGCCUCAGCUCCCAGUUUCUCCGAGGGUCGUCCAGUCACUAUCCCAGUCUGCCUCACUCCGCCACAGCGCCCACCUCUGUCUCUCCCAUGUAUGACAGCAGCUCCGCUACCGAGGUACAGGACCCUGUCCAGUAUGAAGCUUCACCCCACGGCCGGCUGCCCUCAGCUUGGACCCCCGUCACGCCUCCAUCCCUUUGAUUAGAGGGUCACUGAGGAUUGAUUGAGACCUUCUCUUGAGUAACCUCUUGUUACUUUAAGAAGGAAUAAACUUUUUUAAACAAAUUGUGUGGAGUAUUUCACGGUGUUAUAAGAAGAACCAGCGGAGGCUUGAAUCAGCCUCUAAACAAAUCUCAGUUUAUUACUAAAGAAUAAAAUGCUUUUUAUUAAUUAGUUGAUCUGUUUGAUCUGCUUAUAUUAAGCAUAACUGCACAAAAUUUAGAGCAGGAAAUCAUAAAGCUCAAAUAAUAUGAAUUAGGAAUUAAGAAUGUUUAUACUGUAAAUGGGAAAUCAUUUUAAGCUCUGUAAAUAAAUGUUUUCUUUGUUUUGUUUUGCUUUGUUUUUUGUUGCCUUUUGAGAAGAUGUGAUUUAAUAAUAGAACACACUUCUUUUGUUUGUUGUUUUUCUUUCUUCUCCCCUUUACAUCAAAAUAGAUUUGUGUUUUUGGAUCUGUGGGUCCAUAAUAGGAAGCAUUCAGAUUAAAUUUAAUGUAAUUUGUUUGUAAAUUAAUCCCAACCAGUUUUACGUUCCUCUUUAUCACCACAAAUCAAGCCUCCGGUUGCAUUAAUAUGUACAUUUGGGUGUUUAUAUUAUUAUUUCUAAUAACAGGUCUUCAGGUACUCUACAGCUUUACAUAUUAACUUUAUAGAUGCAGUAUGUAGUUUUCAUAAAGUUUUUUUUUUUUUAAGAUAUUUGUAAAAUUAUGACAGGACAUGUAAUGACAGGAGCUUCAUAUUUUAUCACUGAUUUGAUAAGAUAUAAAAUCUGCCUUCAGAAAUUGCACACCGCUAGGUCCUAGGCAACCAAUCAGAGCCAGGGGGCGGGUCUUAUGCACCGCUUGGCCAAUCCCCCUUGAGCUCUGCUACGCUACAGCUGAUUCGCCACAUCAUUAGCCUGCCGUAAAUGCUAAUGCUAGCUAGCAUGGCGACCGAUGACGACGGAUAAACAGUGUUUCUGACAUGGUAAGUUGUUUCUCCGCCUUUAGCUGACUGAGAAGCUUGGAUAGAAGACAAAUUAAUAACAACAAUCAACUUCUGUAUUUGCUCAGAAAAACAAUAACUCACUUUUGGUUAACAAACUAGAAAACAAAUUGAUGUUUAACGUCUGCCAUCGGUUCCCAGACGAAACAUUUCAGAAAAAUAUAAGAAGUAAUUGUUUUACAAUUAUCGGCACCCUUAUGAAAUCAUUCGAAAUACAAAUAACUUGAAUAUUUUAUAAAUCACACAGUACUUUAUUAAGUUAAAAGGCCAGGACUUCCGUGGCUGCACAAAAUACUGUAUAUAACACGGGUAAGAAAUGGCUGGAGGUGGAUUGUUUUUUUGUUGUUUUUUGUUUUUUUUCCACUAUGCGAAGGGAAAAAGACUAGACAAAAAGAGCACAUAUUUGAAGCAAUAUGAUUGUCAACAGCAUAAAACUAAAAUGCAUCACUUAGCAAUAGACUAAUAGCAGAUAAGGUUUAUAGUAUUUUGUUCAUUAAGUGGAGAUCCUGCAGUAAAACAGCAAUGAAGCUAAAAAAUGUUUAUCAUUUUACUUAGGGAUUCCUAAAUAAAUAGCAAAUAGGCACACAAGUCUGGGAAAAUAUAUAAAAAAGUAAAAACAAAAGACACCAAAAUGCUUAAAUUCACCAUGCAUAAAUUUCUAACAGACAGUGUGGCGACAUAAAUCAUUAUAUGUGUAAUUUGAAUGUUUAUUACCCUCUUAUCUGAACAAACAAAAUGCUCUACAGUCUGUCUGGCCUGAAUGUAAUUGCUCACUGUUCUUUCCUGCUACAGCUUUUAACCACCAGCAGGUCAUUCAGAGAGCAAGAGGGUAUUUUAAUAACAAUGUCGGGGAAAAAAAAACAAGUGUUGAUCGAAAUCCUGAAAAGACGUGAUUGAUGUUUUCGCUGUUCAUAUUUUUCUAAGUUUUAUGAAGGAUCAUAAUGCAAAACUCUUUUAAUGAUUCUUUUUUUUUUUAACUGCAGAAUGAAAUCUCACUGAUUUGAUUUGCCCUCACAACAUCUGAUGUUGGUCAAGAUGUCCCACUGGAAAACUGGGGAAAUAUUUCUCAAAACAUGUGAGUAAAGCAUUAAGUAUGAGCAUAAUUAUUGUGUUAAGAACUCUCUGAAUGAGAAAGAAUAGUUAUAAUCAAACAAAACAGGUUGGCCAAACAACAUGUUUAGUGUCACAGAUGCUUUUUAGUUGAAUUUGUAGCAAAGUUUCUGUCUAAAGAGCAAUCGGAAGCAAAGUGGUAUUCUGCUUUGUUUGUGUUUGUUCUUUACAUGACCUGAGAGCAGGAAAUCUUGACUCUGUGUGGUAUGAACACUUUACUUGCUGGAGGAAAACAUUUCUGCACACCACGGGUGGUCGUUGGUGUUGAAUUUGUUAUCCGGCUCUCCGCUUAGGACUCAGGGUCAUAUCUGUGUUUUUUAAAUAUCCUACAUCAUCUCACCAUCUCCAGUUUACACAUUCAUGCAAAAACUGUCACUGGAGAGAGGAAAUUUAAGCUUUGAUUUGGCUUAAAGUGUUUGGAAAAUUAAAUUUGUUUUAAGUGAUGCAUAUUUACUCCAAAAAAGGUUAGGGUUGACCUCAAGAAUUACCGCAAUUUUUUUGUAGACUUGAGUUCAUUCUGAGUGACUGUAAGGAGAUACUGACAACUCGUAACAAAAAAUCAAGCUAUCCUCUUUACUUUUACCAAUUUCAACUGAGUCAUGACAAUUUACAGGACUGACGUAUCUGCUGUUUUUAGAUUUUGGUGCCGGAUAUCACCACACAUCUUCAGAGGUAAGGUGGAGUUCAUGCCUGAUGGCUGUUCUGACACCAAAACAACAGACGGUCAUAAUGUUAUGCCUGAUCAGAAUAUGCCACCUUUAAGAUUUCAUUAAAUCCUGUUUAUUUCUGUCCUUGCUUUCCUUCUUCAGAUAACAUUUUGUCCCUCUGUCAACAGAUAAAACUCGCUGAUGUCUGCAGCGGGUUUGCUGUUUGAGGAAAAGCACAAAUGUGCUGCGACUGAAAGCUUGACAGAGCAUGAAAAGAAGCUUUAUGUCUGAAGUGCUCCAAGGCUGUCCGAGAGGCACAAGAACCCAUUCAGCCCGGGGGAUCAAGGUCAGCGAUGGGACAUUAUGACAUCCUCCCCCGCAUUCAGGCAGUCACCAGAGAGCACAGAGCAUAAAUCCAAUCACCCACAUUAUUCACUGGAGUCUUUAUAGACUCCACUCUGUUCCAGUAACAUUGGUUACUCUUGGUGGACAUUAAUAGUACCUGGUUGGGCCCUCUUGUGUUAAGUUGUUGUGGUAUACAUUCAACAAACUGCAUCAAAUAUUUUGGUUCAUAUAGACAAGAUUGCUUCACAAAAAUGAUGUAGAUUUGUUUUUGGCUGAACGUUCAAGACAAAAAUCUGCAAAAGCACAAAAUAUUACUAAGUAUUAGUUCAAA